AUGUAUGGGCGUCCAUUAGGUGAUUCCAGGCGGUCCAGAAACUCACUUCCAAGGCCUAGUUCGUCUCGGGAAGCCGCUCAUCAGAUACCACAAACCUUAGGAGAAAUUACAAAGAAAUUCAAUGAUUAUCUUAUUACGGUUGGGGUUCGAGAAAAAUUGACUAGUUUUGUGACCGCGACAAGCAAAUUUUUGAAAAGACGGAAACUCUUCUUUGUGCAAAAUGACAUAACCCAAACCUUUCAUGAAUUCCUACUGGAAAAGGUAUAUCAUGACAGUACCAAUGGCUUUCCAUUCAAAGGUUUCACCAAGCUUAUUGAUCAUGCAAUUUACCUCUAUAUGGGACAAAGCAACUUCAAAGAAGUUUUUAAAAAUAGAAAGCGUCCUAAUACAGCUUAUAUUACCGAUAAUAAUUGUCAAGUUAUCUUCCCAGAUGAAAAAGAAGCUGAAAAGCUACUAAGAAUUACAAGAAAGAUCACUUUGGGAGAUAUCCAGCGUUAUAUUGAAAAAAAAUUACCAAGACAUGCAGACCCUGAUGCUAGUGAUCACGACUCUGACAUGUCUGAAAGCGAGCAAUCUUUGGAAGAGCUCGAAGAAGAGUCAAAUGGUUAUGCGGAUCAUCAGGCAGCUGAUAAUGGCAGCUUGGAAGAACAAGAAAAAGGAAGUGGUUUUCGAAAUUUGAAUAAUCUGUACCAAGAAAUGGAAUGGGAAAAACCAGCUACACCAAUUCAUAAUGGCAGUAAUUUCGGUCGGCAUAAUAAUAUGACAAAUGGCAUUGAAGAUGUCGAGCAGGACGAAGACGAUCCUAUAAAUGAUGAUUUUGAGUUUGGUGGUUAUUCUGAAGAACCAGAUAAUGAAAGUUUCUCUGUUGCCGCUCCAAAGGAGUCAAUAACCAACGCCGAUGUGACCAGCAGUACCACUAAUGAAACCAAAAUGUCUGAAAAACUAGCUAAAGGUCACAGUAUUUACGAUUCAAUCCACGAGUUAGCUAAAACUCUUAACAAUAAUGAUCUUAGGUCUUUCCAUAUUAAUGAAGUUAUCAUGGUCAUUGAUCAACUUAACGCGGAAAGUGAUAGUGAGAACGAAGAUAUGGACUUUAAUCUGGAUGAUGGGAGAGAUGACGAUCCACCGGAAUAUCGUCCGCGUCAGGCGCCAAAGGAACCAACAACGGUUUUAGGAUAUCACGAUAAACUCACAAACUACGAAAAACAUGAUAUUUCGUGUAUUCCACUGGUUACUGACCUUAUUCAUCUCGAUGGUGAAAAUGACUCUAAGAAGGAAACCAUCGAAAAAUUGAUCAAGAUUUUUGAUAUUACCAAGCCAAGAAUUGGUGGGCUGUAUCUUGAGGCAGUUAAGACAGUUUUGCGAGGUGGUACGGGGGUUCAAUCCUUUUUUGAAUCGGUAUCAAUUUCUGAAAGUUUAUUUAAACUUGAUACGAUAAUGGGCUCGCUAUUGGGUAACUCAAUAAGAUUGGAAAAUAUAAAAAGCCAAGUCACUUAUUACUCGCCACUUUAUAAUGUUAUUAACGCGUUGCUAGAGAAUGAAAAUAUAUUUGCUUACAUUUCCAAUAAGGAGUACCGGAACGAAGCCUAUUCCAAGUCUUCGAUAUUCCAGGAAGCCUAUGCGAAAGAGAACCAAGGGCUCACUUACAUUUAUGUCGACUUAUAUUGCGACCAAGUCAAAAAUCUUUUAAAGGGUAAUAACUCCAAGGGACAUACUUGCCUUUUGUAUCAAAUCAUCAAUAUUCCCCCAGAGGCUAGAGCGUCCAACAUAUUCAAGAUUUCUAGCUGUGUCACCCAAAACAUUCAGGAGGCUGUUGAAUUUUCCCUUCAAGAAAUUGAGGUUAUUAACUCUCUUAUUGGUGCUUUCAAGUUCAAUAAUGUACAGGUGGUUCCAAUUAUUAGCACCAGUGACAUUCCUUCCAAGUCCAUGCUUUUUUCCCUCAAAUCUGCCAGUGCUAGAAAGCCUUGUGGGCUCUGUGACAAUAUGAGACUCACAGAGGAUUCUGACUUGUUCUUUGAUAUCCAAGAUAUAACCAACGAUUUAUCAUAUAAUGGAAGAGAAACUACUAACGAAGAAAUAUUUUUUAAGACUAGCCCCAUGUUAAGAAAUCAUUUCUCGAAUAAAUGGCAACUUCCAUUUGAUCCAUAUAUGACCAGGGUGAGCCAGUUUAAGACCAUUUUCAGAAUCAUAUAUAGAGUAUUACAUUCAAAGGAAAGAGAGAUUGUUAAUGGCAUUGCUAAAAGGAUCGAAUCUCCUUACCUUGAAGACGCUUUUAAAACAGAAUUCCCCGAAGAAGACAGAUCCAGAAUCAGUGUUGAUAUUUUGCCUUAUAGACUUUUACCAGGAUUUGAUUAUGAUAAAGCAAUUAAUGUUUUGCCUGUGCUAGUUUAUGAAAUGAGCGACUCUUUCGGAGAUGAUGUUAAAUGGAUGUUGAUGCUCUUUUUUGAAUAUCAAUACAUCUUAAAAAAAUAUGAAUACAGUGCCGAAGAUCUCAAAUUUCUCAAGGCAUUCCCAGGAAUUUUUUUCUCCUGUAUGAGAAAACGAUUUCCUCCAACAGAAGCUAAAAAUCGAUCAUUCUACACGCUACCGCUCCAUCAAAUUCAUCAUAUUCCGAAAAUAGUGGAGGCUGUUGGUCCAAUAGCUAAUUUUGGAAGCCAGGGUCUCAGAAAAGAAUUGAGUUAUAUCAAGCAAGUGGUAAAAUCAUCUCGUUAUAAUCCAGAGGCAUAUAACUAUAAGUUGGCGAUUUAUAACAAUUUGAGGUUCCAAGACAUCAGAAGUUGGGUUCCAAAACCUGAUAUAGAAUUGGGAGGUGAUCGAUAUGGCGCCACGGAAAUGCAUUUUUCCAAAGCUUUUAUCAGCAAGUUUCAAUUGACCAUUAAGUGUUGCUACGUUUCUAUAGGCACUAAGCUAAUAAAAAUAAAGCGUUUCGGGGUUAGGGAUGAGGGCAACAAAAGAGCCUAUGCAUUCAGAGGAAAAGUUAUUCUUGAUAGCAAACGGAAAUUUUUCUAUGGCACCACCAAGGAGAUUUUGUAUGCCAAGAUCGAUUUGAUCGAUGAAUUCGUGGAGAGAACUGAUGACUUCCUCGUCAAGGAUAUUGAUCAUAUUUAUUAUGGAUGUGAUUAUUUCAAAAAGGAUGGUAAAAUGGUUUUGAUUAGAUGUUCUUAG